ACGGCUACCGAAACAGCUCGUGGUUCGCCAGCUGUCAGCCAUGUGGGGAGUGGGGGAGAACGACCGAUAAUCGCGGCAGCAGGCGAGCCGAGCGCGCGCCGCCUACGCAGCGCAGUCCGCUAUCCGCCGUCCGCGCGCCAGGGCGACACGCAACUUGGGCGCUCCUUUGUUUAGAUCACGUUUCUUUGUUCAAAUCAACCCGCGAUGGAUAAAGUGCGUUCUGAUGUGAUAUAGUUAUCAUUGUGUGAGUGAAGUUUUGUUUGAAACAUGGCCAGCGAACACUCAGAGUCCCAGGAGACCAACUCUACGUCUCUCGUAGAGGACUCUCUAAAUAUAUCUUUUGAAGACAUCAACUACACUGUGCGACAUGGCAUUUUGGCGGGAGGACGCAAGACGAUCCUCCACGAUGUGUGCGGCACGUUCAACGCGGGCGAGUUGACGGUCAUCAUGGGACAGUCCGGGGCCGGCAAGAGCACUCUCAUGGACAUACUAGCGGGAUAUACAAAACCAACAAGUGGAAGUAUUUGCGUCAACGGACGAGUUCGCAAUGAAAAAAUGUUCAGGCGAAGGUCAUGUUAUAUACUGCAGGACGACCAAGUACAAAAUAUGUUAACGAUACAGGAAUCACUUCACAUAGCCGCAGAUCUCAAACUUGGUAACCAUAUUAGCGGACAGCAAAAAAAACAAAGAAUAGAAGAAAUAAUCACAUCCCUUGGUUUGAACAGAGCGCGGAGAACGAGAGCUGGCAAUUUGUCUGGUGGUCAGAAGAAGAGGCUAGCAAUAGGACUCGAAUUAAUCAGUGAUCCCCCAGUUAUGUUCCUUGAUGAACCUACCAGUGGGCUGGAUAGUUCAAUAUCGAAGCAAAUAGUAUAUUUACUUCACCUUUUAGCCCGGCAAGGGCGGACGGUGGUUGUGACGAUGCACCAGCCGUCUGCCGGCCUGCUAUACAUGGUGGACCGGAUAUAUGCCGUGGCUGCGGGGCGAUGCGCGUACGUCGGCUCCGUCACACAACUCCUGCCAUAUCUAGAGCGAAUGAAUCUGAUGUGCCCACCGUACCACAACCCUGUUGAUUUCUUAAUCGAAAUCUGCGUAGAAAAUGCAAGUGGGUUGGUAGAGAGCUCGGAUAAUGGAAGAAAUAAUAAUUGGUGUACAAAUAUAUCUCAUGAGACUGAUAGUAGUAUAAUAGAAAAAUCUAAUCUUAGUGCCUGUGAAGAAGUUUGUUUGACGACUCUACCGGCCCCUAAAGAGGAUCCGACGAGCAAAAUCCUAUUAGCACUAAAGAGCACAUACUCAACGUCGUUUUGUAAACAAUUUACUACGUUAACCAGGAGAUCCCUAUUGUCUAUUUGGAGAGACCCAGCCUUCACAAUAAUGUCGACGGGGAUCCACUGCGCGAUGGCUCUGUUCAUUGGGACGCUGUUCUAUAACAUCGGUAGUGACGCGAAGUACGUGAGGGACAACUACAACUUCCUGUACUUCAGCCUCAUGUUCCUUAUGUUCACCGCUUUCAGUUCUGUUUCUAUUAAUUUUCCCGAGGAAAUCCCUGUGAUUCGACGCGAGCAUUUCAACAGGUGGUACACUGCGGGCGCAUACUACACCUCAACAGUGGUAUCGGCCUUGCCUAAACAGACUGUGUGCACGCUCUCGUAUGCAUUCAUAGUGUACUGGCUGACCGGGCAGCCGGGCGAAAUGAAACGGUUUGCCAGCUUCUGUCUGAUACUACUCCUGGUGUCUUACGUCGCACUGUGUAAAGGACUGCUCAUUGGCUCGUUGUUUAAUGUUAAGAAUGGCGUAAUAUUCGGGCCUUUCUUCAUAAUGCCGUUCACAAUCUUCUCCGGAUUCUUCCUCCGCUACACUGACGCCCCGUUUUUCAUCCGCUGGCUCUUCAACGCUUCCUUCCUGAAACACGGUCUCGUCGGCGUAGUCCUGUCUAUCUUCGGGAUGAACAGACCCAACCUCGCGUGUUCAGAACUUUAUUGCCACUAUUCAUACCCCACUCAAUUCCUCCAAGACAACGGCAUGGUUGGGGAAAAGUUUUCUCUAGCCAUAGUUGCUUUGAUAAGCAUAGGGCUUAUAGUUUCCGUUUUAGCCUUUUUUAUACUGAAAAUCAGGUUAAAGAGUAAAUGGUGACAUGUGUCGAAAUUCAUAGAAAAUUGUGUUAAGAUAACAAUGGUUUAUUUAAAGACGUUACAUGUUCGUGAAAUGUAAGCUAGUCUAGUUUUUAACUGAGUUUUCGACUCGCUAGCAUUAUUUAUACGUGGAAAUAUUGUAAAAUAGAGAUAUAUUGUACAGCGUGUUUCAACUAAACUCGGACAUAAGUUUCAGUCCUCUUACACAAAUUAUCAGUUGAUGACAAUUUUGUAAUUUAAUGUUAAAAACAAUAUCUUGAACAAAGUUCAUCGUUAUAUUAUGCGCCAAAGCGGUGUUGUUGUAUAAUCGGGGUCCGUUUAAAUACGCUGUGUAAUAUUUAUGGUUUAAGGUGUAUCAGACAAAGUUUUAAAUAACAUAUAAUGUACAUAGUAGAUAUAAAUUCGAAGACAAAUAAAGGAAUAGUAAAAUUGGAGCAUCCCCCCCAAAUUAGGUAUUCAUUGCCGGUGUGGAAGAGAGACAAAGCUAUACGCUUUAUAGUGCUUUCUCGCUUCCACAGCUGCAACAACAUUAAAAGGUAGCGGUAUGCCGGCAGAUUGGUGUUCACAAGUUUUGACGAGUCACAAUAAAUAGAUCUCACUGGUUUGUUAGUAUUAAAUGGAGAUUGUGUUUGCAUAUUUAAAGUUUUAAAAGUUUUUUUAUAUGAAGUACAGCAUUUAUAAUUAUAUUAAUAAGGAGACAAGGGUAAUCAAUCUACUGUAGCUUUAUCAAUUUAGAUAUUAUCGGCCAUGGUAGGACUUUACUGAUAGUGCCAGUGAGAGCUAGUCAGUAAUAUUAAAACACGAGUCUUUAAGUCGAACAGGAUGUUAUAAGAGAAGAAUAAACAAAGUGCCUCAUCACGAUGUAAAGGAGAAACCAACGAAUGUAAACUUUUUCAUCAAAAACUAUUACCCGUGGAAGUACCACCACUUAUUAAAGUCAGACUAGCAGUUGCGGCAAGAGAGAUGGCGCGCUACCGGGCGUAGAGUGGCGUCUCGCUUUAACAGCUGCAACAGUCACACUUUAAAGGGUGACUGCCAACAGAUUUACAAACAUUUUUCAUAGAAACAACGUAAUAAAAAUUGAACAAAUGUUUAUGGAUUGCACAAUUUUAAAAUCGUCUUUUUUGGAUUAACUUCUAAUUUUACAUACAGGUGAAACUAUAUACUCAUGUUUGAAUAUUGUAGUUGUAUUAUAUAAACUUUGAUUCAAUAAAGACGAAUUACAAUAGCAGCAAGACGUAUCAGUAAUAUGGAAAAGUAGGUCGUACUUUUAUAAGAAAAUGUAUUUUUAGACAUUCCAUUGUAAAUAGUGAAUAUUUAACUUUUUAC